AUGCAUUGUGUUAAAACUCUGCGGGCGUCUAGAACUGGUGUUCUGCUCAUUAGAAAUGCUGGAAAAUUGGAGAGCGGCAGUUUGGAAAGCUGCAGCAUAAGGCACUCACCUGCGCGGCUGUUGUUGCACACGAGCGCAUCACCUGGCCAGCAUCCGCGCCAUCAGCACGUGAUCACAGAUACAGAUGCAGGGACUUACUGCAGUAAGAAGGUGGUUUCUGGGUUGGAGGACCUGUUAUUCUACACCAUCACCCAGGGAGAAGAGCAAAUCUCUGUGGCCCGUUUCCUGGCUGCACUAAGAAGCACAGGAUUGCUGACCUCUGACCCUCGUCUGAGAGACUGCAUGAAGCAGAUUCACCAAGCAGUCCAAAAUUCUGGUGGGACAGCAAUGAUGGACCAGGAGCUGUUCAGAAAAUGUGUUGGCAGUAAUAUAGUCCUCCUGACUCAAGCCUUUCAAAGAAAGUUCAUCAUACCAGACUUUGAGGCCUUUAAAUCACUCAUCGACCAUCUGUAUUAUAGCACAAAAGCUCAGCAAGGAGGGAAGGUGUCAAACUACAUCCCUCAGCUGGCAAAGUUCAGCCCUGAUCUCUGGGGAGUAUCUCUGUGUACAGUGGAUGGUCAGAGACAUUCUAUAGGAGACACAAAUAUGCCAUUCUGUCUUCAGUCAUGUGUGAAGCCUCUGGAGUAUGCGCUGGCCGUGCAUGAGUCUGGCACUGAACUUGUGCACAGAUAUGUGGGGAAAGAACCGAGUGGCCUUAAAUUCAACAAACUCUUUUUAGAUGAAGAGGAUAAACCCCAUAAUCCCAUGGUGAAUGCAGGGGCCAUUGUUAUCAGCUCUUUCAUAAAGCCUGGUUCCAACAAGGCAGAAAAGUUUGACUUUAUGAUGGAUUUUCUGAAGAGAAUGGCUGGCAGAGAAUAUGUUGGGUUCAAUAAUUCCACUUUCCAAUCAGAGAAAGAGACAGGUGAUAGGAACUAUGCAAUUGGUUAUUAUCUCAAAGAGAAAAAAUGUUUUCCCAGUGGCGUUGACAUGACGGCAGCUCUUGAUUUCUACUUUCAGAUGUGCUCUAUUGAGGUGACAUGUGAAUCUGGCAGUGUUUUGGCUGCUACAUUAGCCAAUGGAGGGAUCUGUCCAAUCACAGGCGAGCGUGUGCUUAGUGCAGAGGCUGUGCGGAACACGCUUAGUCUCAUGCACUCCUGUGGCAUGUAUGACUUCUCCGGCCAAUUUGCCUUUCACGUGGGUUUGCCUGCAAAGUCUGGGGUAUCUGGUGCUGUGCUGCUUGUGGUUCCUAAUACCAUGGGAAUGAUGUGCUGGUCUCCACCUCUUGACCGAGUGGGCAACAGUGUCCGAGGCAUCCAAUUCUGUGAAGAGCUGGUCUCCCUCUUUAACUUCCACAACUAUGAUAAUCUAAGACACUUUGCUAAGAAGUUAGACCCUCGCAGACAAACAGGCCAUGAGAGGAACAAGUCUGUGGUGGAUCUGAUAUUUGCUGCUUACAGUGGUGAUGUUUCAGCUCUCAGGAGAAUCGCUCUUUCUGCGGUCAGUAUGGAAUUGACUGACUAUGACUCACGUACUGCCCUGCAUGUGGCCUCAGCAGAAGGGCAUUUAGAUGCUGUCAAGUUUUUAACCAACACCUGCAAAGUCAACCCAAAUUCAAAGGACAGAUGGGGGAACACACCCCUUGAUGACGCUAUGCAGUUUGGACAUGAUGGUGUGGUCAAGAUACUACAGGAGUACCAGAGCAUUUACACACACACACUAGCGCCGGAGGAGCUCAGCACUGACUUGUGCUCCUAUUCCAUAAAGGAUGCAGAGCAGCUGAAGAGCAUGGAGACUCUGGAGGGUCUAGUAUGAGAGAGCAUUGACAUGGAAAAUCCCAAACCUCUGUAUCUCAUGACUUCAGAGAAGCAUGUGGGUGUGAGAUGCCCUCCCCCCCACACAUUUAUGACAAAGCUGGUGUUAGGCCGUACUGUGCAUGCACAGGUAGCGGUCGACCGAUAGUGGACUUUGCCGAUACCGAUAACUAAGAUGGUGGGAAAGGCCGAUAACUGACUAAUCAGCCGAUUGAUUUUAUAAUAGAUUUACAGAAUGUAAAAAAAUAUAUAUAUUCUUCCCUUACUAUGACGAGCACAGGCAAUAAGCCUAAAUUAAUAAAAUCCCAGAUGCAGUUUAUUGUUCAACCAAACAUAACCAGAAAAAAAUAUUAUUUGGUGCAUAACGCAGGACUUUUAAGUAUAAACCAGCCCGAAACACACUGAGGACUCGUAUUUUGAAAUGCCGAACAAACAAUCGUUAGCUAUCGCCAUCGAUUUUUUGCCAAUAACGAUAGUUCCAAAGAGCAACUAUCGGCACCGAUUAAUCGGUAAAACUGAUAUAUCGUCUACCUCUAUGCACAGGUAUAACAGAGAUAUAGUACUAUGCUUCAAACCAAAGCUUUGCUGUAUGUAGACCUCCUUGUGCUCUAAGUAUUAUUGGAUUCAUUACUGUAGUUUCACUCAUCUAUAGCCUUUGCGCUCAUUUCAAUCUACUGUAGAAUAUGAAACUUCAGAGUCCUUUUUUAUUUUUUAGUACAGUCCUUCAAGGACAGUUUGGUUUGUGUUUGGACCAAUUUAGAAAUGGUUAUGCUUCCUUCUGCCUCCUAGUGCGGUGGAUUUAUUGUCUAUAGACCUUGUUCACGCUAUCGCCAUCUUUGAUUUUUUUAUGGGAAAGACAACGAGGCUGUGAGUGAUAGACUUACCAUCUCUUCAAUGGGCUGUACUGCAUUUUAAUGUGAUUUUGGAUCGU